AAUACAGUGGCGUCGUCUGUGUUGUUGUCGCUGACUCGCAUUUUUUUCCCCCUUCUACUUGAUAUAAAUGAUCAUUUUUGUACGAAGGCGACCGUUCGGUGAUUAGUUUUAUUUAUUUUUUCCAUUUUGACCUCGUUGACGACGACAAAUAUCUCGAUUGUUCUCUCAAAGCCGGUUUCAUUACCGAGAGUGUUUGGUUAAAACAACAACACGCCAUUUAAAAUCUCUCAUAAGCGGUCGAAUCGUCCUUCUUUGGACUUUGCUCGACAUGGCCGGCAAGAGGAUAUACGUUAGCAUCGCGUAUGCGAGCUUCGGCAGCUUGGUUGGGCUCUCUGCCUUCCUGGUGUGGAACAUAGUUUAUCGGCAGCCAUGGACGGCCACCAUGGGAGGCCUCUCAGGCGUGUUGGCGCUGUGGGCGCUGGUCACCCACGUCAUGUACCUCCAGGACUACUGGCGCACGUGGCUCAAAGGUCUCAAGCUCUUCAUCGGCGUGGGCGUGCUCUUCUGCGUGCUCGCCGUCGCCGCCUUCGUCACCUUUCUGACGCUGGCCAUCCAGCAGAAGCAAUCCGUGAGCGACCCCAGGAGUCUGUACCUGUCGUGCGUGUGGAGCUUCAUGACCCUCAAGUGGUCCUUCCUCCUGGUCUUGUACUCGCACCGUUACCGCCAGGAGUUCGCCGACAUCAGCAUCCUCAGCGACUUCUAGCCACGCCCCCGUAGACUUCCAACGUUCCCCCGGGGUCUUUUAGGACCCGAGGGAGGACUCGCCCGCACA